AUGGCCGUCCUCUCCCUCCCCCUCUCCUUCACAAAUUCCUUUUGGUCCCAGGACUACAGGCGCGGUCUCGAGGUUCUCUUUGCAAAGCUCGAACAGGGUGUCGCAGAGAACGACGAAAUCAUCGCGUUUGUCAGGGCUAGAGCUGCUGCUGAGAACAGCAUCGCCAACAGCCUCAGAAAUCCAUCUCACACCGGCAAACAAGGCACAGGGUUCAGCGCCGACGAUGGCGCUACACUCCUCAUGGCCUUCCGCGGUCUCCAGGCAGAAUCCGCCGCACAAGGGCAGGCCCACCUCUCUAUGGCAAAAGAACUCUCCACCCUUGUCGCAGACCCCUUUGACGAGUGGGCACAGGGAUACAAGGAGCGUCUACGUCAGAACAAGGCUACUGUCAUCGACAACUGGCUGCGCUCCUACGAGCUGGCCCAAGCAGACGUAGCUAAACUAAAGAACCAGUAUCUAGCCAAAGUCCGCCGUGCGGACGAGGCUGAAGACGAUGCCAAGUUCGCCCCAAACAGCGGCGGACCAACCGACAAAUACACCAGUUCCCCACGUAUCCGCCCCGCAGACGGUGGUCACCGCACAGCACCCCAGCGUACCGCAAGUGUCUCGGAGCGCAUCGCCCAGCGUCUAAAGGAGAUCCAGAAACGCAGCGCAGAUGUCCUUGCCCAGGCCACCUCCACCGAAGACCCCAACGCUUCGGCCUCCUCUUCCCCCUCAUCUGAGAGCGAGAAACAGCUCCCCAAGGUCGACAAGGGCAAAGGACGUGCUAUUUUGACCGAAGAGCCAGAAGAACUCGUCUCUCCACCCCCAAUGUCUCCUAUGCCUCCACCAAAGGAAGAACUGCUUCCCAGCUCACCCAUGCCUUACAUCCCGCAGCCGAUAGUCGUUGCUGGGAUCUCUCUGCCUCCCAUUGCUAUCUCACAGCUACUCACCCGCGCCGCUGCCGAGCUCCGUCUGCGUCCUGUCCGCUUCCCUCUCCUUGGCGAAUACCAAGACGCGUUUACCGGUGAAGAAUUCACUGUAUGGUUGCAGCAAAACGUGACCGCGCUCGGGGGUAGUCUCGAUAGGGCAGAGGAAAUGGCAAAGGAGCUGACGGAGCGCGAGGGGUUGUUGCGUCGCCUCGGCGAAUUAGGAAACCAAUUCGAAGACUCUGACGAUGCAUUCUACCAAUUCAGACCGAAGGCAUUCGAACUGGGCCAUCAGAACCCAGAGCAAUCAACUAUGGCCAAAGCACAGGCUGACACUCUCUUCAAGAAGACUGGUACCUCUUUUGUUAGCCUCGUGAAUAAGGCGCUCAACACGAACGGCAUCAACGGCGACAAGGAGCCACCAUACAUCCGCGCUCGCCACGAGGCCGACGAAGCGGACAAAGCUUACCGCAUUGGCGUGCGUCGGCUGGACAGGCACCGGCUUGCUCUCGAAGAACGCAUCGAAGAGACGCUCAAGGUGCUACAGAGAUGGGAAACAGAACGGCUGCGGGCAGUCAAAACUGUACUCCUUCAAUACCAGGGCACGCUUGCGAAUUUGCCCAAGUCCCUCGAACCUUCUAUCGAGCGCUCUGCGACACUCAUCGCGUCCUACCAGCCCGAGUCCGACCUCACCGCGCUCAUCGAACGUUACCGCACCGGGCCCUUCCGUCCUUCCCCCCAAAUCUACGAGUCCGUCGCACACGAUGAAUCCGACGUCGUAUUCGGGAUUGACCUCCGCAAAUGGGCGGAAGGCGGGUGGUAUGCGCUCACCCAAGGCGCCGACUCCCCCGAAAAGAAGGAUAUUAUCCCACCUGUGCUUAGCGCGCUACUCGCGGCGCUCGACACGGCAUACACCCGCGUACCAAGCGACAUCGAGAAGCGCAAGGCGUGGAUCUACGAGGUACCCCUGCCAGCCGUGCACCAGCUGCGCGAGAGCCUGAAUGCAGUUCCACCCACGCAGCCUUUCUCCGCUGAGUUCUUGGCCAAGUUUGAUGCCCCGGUGAUUGCAAGCUGUGUGAAGCUGUGGGUGCUCGAGCUCGAUCCGCCACUUGCGCUGUAUGAGGGCUGGGAGGACUUUAGGAGGUUAUAUCCCACCGUUGGGUCGGCGGCGCCGAAGGAGGGCGAGGGUGAGGGUGAACAACAUCUUCAAGUUGUUAGUACGGCCCUACUGAGACUGCCGAGGGUUCACUUGUAUGUGCUCGAUGCGAUUGUGAAGCAUCUUAGAAAUUUGGUUGAGACGACGAAAGUGGAAGAAGCAGAUGAAAUAUACUUCACGAAACUCGCUCUUUCGAUUGGACGAUCUGUUCUUAGACCUAAAGUGGAAACCGAACUCUCAAUCCAAGAUCGUCACCCAACAUUACUUUUCCUUGACCUGCUCAAGAACUACGACGCGCUCCUUCCACCCACCAUUGCACGCAAAAAACGUGAAUCCGAGCGCAAAGUGCCCAUUCGCAAACGCACCGCGCCGAUUGACAUGCGUUUGAGCAGGAGCAGGAUCUCAAUGCAGAUUGGUGCAGACGCACAACAGCUUCUCGCGGCCCAACAACUCGCGCAAAACCCGUCCCUGGCUCACAAGUCGCCCGAGUUGCCAUCGCUACCCCCUCCCCCGUCGCUGACUGCAAAGGUGACAGAGGCGGAAAAGAGUGUUUUGACGCCGCCGCCUCCACCACCGGUUCUGGAAAAGACUAGGACGCCACCGCCACCACCUCCCAUUGUUCCUCCUCCCCCACCUCCAGCUUUGGAGAAACCCAAGACACCUUCUCCUCCACCUGCCCCGAUUGUGGCACCACCACCGCCACCUCCAGUUCUGAGUGCACCAAAGACCAGCGACCCACCUCGGCCGAACUUUAAAGAACCUCCACCUGAAUUCGACGAUGUUCCCAUGCCAUCAUUCAAAGAACCGCCACCAGAACUCGAUGACGUUCCUCCCCGACCGACAUUCGCUGACCCACCACCGGAAGAUUCUGAUAUGUCGACACCAGCGACCACGGUGUCGAGCGUCACUCCAGUUGCACCAACGCCGAAAGUGCCUACGGCCAAGGUGAUCCCACCUACUCCACGCGGCAAGCAGGGGAGCGUGUCGGGAUCAGGUGCGUCUUCGCCCAGCAAGAUCGCUUCGCGGAGCCCUUCGCCUCCUGUGACGCCCGGCUCAGCCACUUCCGCCACCGCUACGGGCGACGACAUCGUACUUGGCUCAGGCAAAACAUCGAUCUCGCGGACAAGUUCUGCCCAAGCAGGCGGUGUGAUGCGCGGCCCACGGCUUGCGCGAGGCCCUCGCGCUGCACCGGGCACGGGGAGCGUAGGCAGUGUGCAGAAUCUUGUGCAGAAUCUGAAUAACCGCAACAGCACGAGCGGUGCGCCUGCUGGGGGAGCAGCUAAUACAAAGGUGAACAGACUGUCAGGGAGCCCCGUGAGGAGACCAUCGAGUGUUGUUGGACGCUCUGCAGCGUCGUUCUCGAGAAGAACAAUGGCGAGCGAUGCGGAGGACGAUGUUGUGGAUAAAAAAUAA